AUGGCCCAUUGCUUUUAUAAAAAUUGCUCAUUUAAAGCAAUGUUUUUAUGUUCAUGCUCUGGGGUCUUGCCUAUCUGUUAUAUGCAUUUAGCAGCCCACAAAACCUCAGAAAUUCCAAAUCCUCAUGAAAUUCGCUACUUAUUUCUUGCCGAAUACAAAGAAACUAAAAUUUUUAUUAUUGAUUUAAUAAACAAGCGCAUCUCUAUGCUUUGAAAUAGCUGCCUUGAAGGUGCAAUAACAAUAUAUAGCAAAAUCAAAGAAUUUAAUGAAAAAUUAGCAAAAAAUAUUCAAAAAAUAGAUAAUGAAGAAUUUUUGCUUAAUUUUCUUUAUGAUAAGAUAUUUUUUUGUAAAAUUAAUUUUUAAAUUAAAAAAAUUUGGUAUUUAUAAGCCUCUAAAAUUUAAAUUCAAUAGAGGAAUAUUAGUAAUCAUCAAGAAAACAAGGAAAAUAUCAUUAGUGAAUUAGAUGAGUUCAAAAUAUCUCAAAUCUUGAGCAACAGUAAACAAAUUUCAAACUUAGAAAAAGCUUUAUCAGAAUAUUGUAGAAAGGUCCAUGAAAAAAUAAAUACUUGUUAUAGCUUAAUAAAAGAGAUAAUCUCAAUUGACCGAAUUCCAUAUGAAAAUCCGAAUUUUUUCCAAAGUAUUUUACUAGAAGAAAAAUCAAAAGCAGCUGAACUCAUAGAAACUGAAAUUUUGAAUAAUCUUAAUAUAAGCCAGGAAAUCAUUUAUUAUUUUCCUAGAGUAUCAAUCACAACAGAAACUGAAAUUGUUGAAAAACUAAAAAAUAAAGCAAAAGAAGCCCUUUGUUUUGAAAAUCAAUUAGAAGAUUUAUCAAAAAGAAUCCAAGCCCUUUUUACAAUGUCGUUUACAGGCGAAUAUAAACAAUUAAUCAAAGAAAUCGAGCAAGUGAAAAUAAAAAUAGCAAAUAAAUUCAGAGUUUUUUCUUUUAUUUGCAAAAAUGAUGAGUGUUUCACGUUAGUGAACGAAACAAAUAAAGAUUUUAAAAAAAUCUAUAAUGAAUAUGUCAAGAAAAAUUAUAAUAAUUCCAAAUUAUGUGAAAAUUUGCUAAAGACUGUCAAUGAAAAUUUAAGCAAUUUUGCAUGCUUUGAGAAUAAGUCGUUAUAUUUAAUAGACUCAGAAAAAAAUUCAACGAAAAUUUUUAAAUAUAACAUAAAAACUAGGAAAAAAGACCAAAAAAUUAUAGCCAGCCCAUUACCAUUAACGAGGCAUGUUUGUGUAGUCCAAAUUUCUAAUUUUGAACUAUUUUUAUUUGGAAGCUUUCCUGCUUCAGGCGCUGCUUUUAUUUUUGAUACUAAAAAAUGUAUAUUUAAAGCAGAGUUGCCAGAAGGAGUUCAUUGCUGCUCUGCGUCUGAGUUUUUUAUAAUAAUUCAGUUUUUAUUUUUGGAGGUCUAG